GCGACGUCACGGGCGGCCGCCGGUGUCCAGGGCGGGUGCGGCGCCGGAUGGAGCGGCCGGGAGAGCCCUGCCGGGGCCGCAGAGGCACCUGGCAGUAGGUGUGAGCUGAUCUUGCCUGGCUCCUGCAGUAGCCUGGCUCUCUGGUGUCUGAUGAUGAGUGUGACCCCGACCAGGGGGAGCCUCCUGGACCUGCCCUGGGAAGACAUCUUGGUUCCACAUAUCCUCUGUCAUCUGCCACUGCAGCAACUCCUGAGCUUGCAGAGGGUCAGCAAGUCAUUCCAGUCUCUCAUCCAGCUGUACCUGGCCAACAUGCGCUGCUUUGACUCAAGCCAGAUCGGACCUGCCAUCCCUCGGGCCGCCUUUGUUAACCUGUUGAAGGACAACGAAGUUCUGCAGCAGCUGGCACUCCAGAACUGCUCCGAGUGGCUGACGGACCGGGAGCUGCUCCCGGUCAUUGGGCAGAACCACCACCUGCACCAGAUCCAGCUGAAGGGCUGCACCCAGCUCAGCCGCCAUGCGCUGGUGGCCAUCUCGCUGAGCUGCCCCCAGCUGCGCCAGCUCUCCCUGGCUCACUGUGAGUGGGUGGACAGCCUGUCCCUGCGCAGCCUGGCUGACCACUGCAAGGCCCUGGAGGCUGUGGACCUGACAGCCUGUCGCCAGCUGAAGGACGAGGCCAUCUGCUACCUGGUGCAGAAGUGUGGCAGGCUCAAGUCUCUGUCACUGGCUGUCAAUGCCAACGUGGGCGAUGUGGCAGUUGAGGAGACUGCCAAGUGCUGCCCAGAGCUGGAGCACUUGGACCUCACGGGGUGUCUACGAGUCAAGAAUGACUCCAUCAGGGUCCUGGCUGAGUACUGUCCCAAGUUGCGCUCGCUGAAGGUCAAGCAUUGCCACAACGUGGCUGAGUCCAGCUUGAGCAUCCUCCGGAGCCGCGGGGUGGAGCUGGAUGUGGAGCCUCCGCUGCAGAGGGCUCUCGUUCUGCUGCAGGAUGUGGUUGGCUUCGCCCCUUUCAUCAACCUUCAGAUCUAGAACUGCUGCUGCUGGGGAGGGGGGGACUGACACAAUGCUGGGAUUCCAGAAGGAUGCCGGAACUGGCUGCUGUAGGGAUGUGCAGAGGGAGAGGUCAGUCCCAUUGGUGAGGCUGGCCUGAGUGGGGCUCACUCUUUCCUCUGGGGCUGUGUAGCAGCCACUGAGUGUUCAUAAGUGGACUUCAUUGGUGCCUCUGGGGAAAGUAACUCCCUCUGCAGUGGUGUGGAAAGAGCGAGUGAUUUGCAGGAACACCAUGGUGCUGAACAGGUGCUUGGUCAGGCCAGCUGAUAGAUAGGACUUAUUAUUUGUUGUAUUUUAAA